AUGCUAGAUCCAUCAACAAGAUUGAGAAACGCCGUCAUAGCCGGUAAUUUAGCCAUAGUCAAGCGAAUACUAUCACGAUUCCCUGAAUUGUGGCUCAAUGUCGACCCCAAUCACCAAGGCUGGUCCAAUCUUCAUUAUGCAUCGUAUCAUGGCCACUACUUGAUCUGUUUCCAUUUAAUCACUUUCAUCAACAAGACAUUGGGCAAUUUGCAAAAUGAGUACACCACGUUGGAUUUGUUGACUUUUGAUAAUUUGAAUGUGCUUCAUUUGACUAUGGAGCAUCAUCAUUCACAAACUUUGCAUUAUUUAUUACAAGAGUUUCCCGGGAAAAUAUGGCUCAAUUCAAUAGGAGGACCUCAUAAACAAUCACCAUUGCAUUAUAGUUGCAGAUACAAUUUCAAAGAGGGGACAAACUUGUUGUUGGAAUUUGGCGCCAAUUACAAUUUGGCUGACGAGAAUGGCGAUACUUGUCUACAUAUAUGCUUCCAGUACGGGAGUAUAAAAUGUUUGUAUGAAAUAUCAAAUCAUAUUAUCAGGCUGUCGAAGGAUAAAGACACAGCAAAAGCAGCUAUCGACACUUUUGAAAAUGUCAAGAACAAAAAUGGAUGGAUUGCAAAGGACUUUGCUUCCAGCUUUGAGUUGAUUCAACAGUAUGAAGAUGUCAAGAGUCGAAGUUUAGCAAGCUAUGAUUUAGUCACACCACCACCACCUGAGCCACUUGCACCACCAGUAAAGACUCAACUUUGGCUCGAUUCUGAAAGAGCCAACAAUUUCUCACGAGGCUCACUAGAGGAGAACAAGGUGUUGACUAGUCCAAUUGUGCUGAUGUCUCAACAACAACAACAACAACAACAACACAACCUGCCACUGCUAUCGAGACCUCCAUACAGGCGACAACAUUCUCAGUCGGUACCAAAUGAGCAAAGCAAAACCACUAGCAACGAAACCAAUAGCAAUCCUUUGCGCCAGAGAUCAAACACUACAUUCAGUAGCAAGCCCACUCCACUAAACAUAUCGUCGAAACCAUCCCACACUUCCUUACAUGGAAAUUCAAUGGGACUGUUGCACGGAGCAGUUGCUCCCUUGACCCCGUUGAAUCCACCAAAAACACCAUCUAUAAAAUCAGUCACUAUAUCACCUGUGGGUGCAGACCCUACAAGCUCAAGCAUUGACAAGGAACGGGAUUUGGAAUCGCCGCAAUCGGUCUCUAGUGGCUCGUCGUAUUUUGCACACUCAAGUGACCAUCAUUAUUCUGCAAACACAAGAACGCGCAAGCCCUCUGUAUCAAAACCAACUACAUUACCGUCGAUAAAUUCACCCGUGGCAAACACAUUCGACGAGGCAUCGGGUCAACAGAGUGUAACAGCAAAUACCCAACUCCAGUCCCACGAGUUGAAACCCAGUCCUGCAUCAUCUUCAUCGUCAAUUGCUGCUAAAGUUGCUUUCAAUUCAAGCAGAUCAUCCUCCUUGCAUAAUGUAUCAGAUACCAGCCCCAUGAAAACAAGACCAAGGUCAUCUUCCCGUCAACCUUCCAAUCUCAGCAAUAGCCGAGUCAACAGUUUCAACAGUACACUGAGCUCAAACAGUGCAGCUUACAGCAUACCGCAAGAACUGUCAAUUGCAAACAGCUCGAGCUCGAGCUCGAGUUUUGAGACUAUACAUCGACCCAAGAAUAAUUCCGAGAAUGAUGUUACCACAAGUGCAGGAACUUCCAAAACCAAUUUGAAUCAUUUCACAUUGAAAAAAUCAAGGUCGUCUGGUACGUUACCUUCCAAAGUUCCCAAGAAUGGCGGUCAUCAUGUGUUUGUUCAUACUGCUGGUAAUACGAGUCUUCAUUCCUUGAAUAGCAACGCAGAUUACGAGACAAAAUCUUCGGUAAAUAGCAUAUCAUUUAGUCGUGUCAGGUAG